AUCACGUGAUGUCCAGACUUAGCAAGAGUUUUGCCUAGUGCGGGUGCCUGCCAACGUCACUGCCGCAAGUCGCCCGCGCGAUUCUUUUUAUUUUUCUGUCUUUCUGUCAACCUCCAGCUGAACACCGCAUCCUUUUUUAUGCGUCCAGUCAUUUCAGUCUUUGUUCCAUACCGUGGUAUUCGUCCGAUUAAGCCAUUUUUAUCCAAAGAACUUCUUGUACCGAUCAAAGCUCUCACGCCUUUGGACCGAUUUCGAACCAAGGGAACUGUCAACGGCGAAUUUUGCAACAACGCGACGCUGUCACGCUUUCAACACAACUCAACAGGCGAGAAUUAUACUAUUGCUCUUGCUUUGAUUUGUCCGAGUCUGAAAGAUUCCACGCCUCGCGCUGUUUGUCUUCGUGGGCAUAGUUGAGCAGGCCCUGGGCCUUUGAUUGUUUGACUACUAGAUCCACACUCCAAACAUUUCAUAAACUCAUUGUUUCCUCCGCCUAAAUAUGCCGAUGUUAGGUAUCAACUCUCGGAGCAUGGCUAAGAAGGGACCCCAAAACCGCGCCAGCACGACCAACCGAGGUGGCAUUCGUAAAAACCUAGCUACCAGGCGAACGGAUCGUGAUGGAGACUUAGAUAUGGCUGGCGGUGUGGAUAAGACUCGUGGUGCAAAACGUGGCCGGGGACGCGGCGGUGCACAGCCUCGUGACGGAACCAAGUCGAAAUUCAAUGCUGAUCGUAUCAAAACGGCUCUUGAAUGUGACGAUGGAACCUUCCAGGCCAAUACUCGUCAGGGUGGCCCAUCGCUAGAAGAGAUCAGUGUUACCGGUUGGAAAGAGAGCAAGGCAGCAUCGAACGCCGAUGGAGGUGUUCAAGGUACGGUUGACUGGCUCGAAAAGAAACUUCCUUCGACAAAGGCUGGCCGCAAAAACAUUAUCAAGCACCGCGUCGAGGGAGACGCUAUUAUAGUAUCUAUUCGCCCGGAAAUUUUAGACAGGAUGCUUCAUCUCAACGGGUACACCUUUGCUGGUGCAUCACUUACGGUAGAGAAAAAUGAAGCGUCAUCUGUUUCUACAGAAGACAUGAAAAAGAUGUUGAAAGUUUUUUUGAGUAAUCGGUUUAUUCCGAACAGCAAGAUUCUCAACCUACAAAGCUUGGCCAGUGACCCUAUUCUUAGUGAAAUUGGGCUUUUUCGAAGUCCUACCAGCGAAUCCAAAUUUUAUCAAGCCUUGAUGAAAGUCUGGAGUUUGGAAUUUCCAUCUCAACAGGCUAGCCAAGAUGCCAUUGCAAAUCUCAGUCUUGCCAACAACGCUCUAUCGACCACUCAGCCUGUCACUAUUCUUUCCCAGAAUUUUCCGAACCUAAAGGCACUCGAUCUCUCGGGUAACAGUUUUCAGGAUGAGAAAUCCCUCAGUGGAUGGCGAUGGAAGUUUCGUCAAUUGGAAUUUCUGGACCUUAGCAACAAUCCAAUCAGUUCCAUGCCUCAUUUCAAGGAUACAAUGAUGAAAUGGUAUCCUAAACUCAAGACUCUGAACAACGUUCAAGUUCGUACCGAUGAGGAAGUAGCUGCUCAAAGUCGAGCGCCAAUUCCAGUUCAGGCGCCAUUCUUCCACGACGAGGGAAACAUUGCCGAAAAUUUCAUCCGAAAAUUCUUUGCUGGUUUCGAUGCAGACCGCAACGGCACUGUCAAUAUUUAUUAUGACGCUAAUUCCACUUUCACAUACAACAUCAAUACUGCGGCACCGCGUGCGGCACAAGAUACCUCUGGAACUGCUGGGUGGGACAAUUGGAUAAAAAAUAGUCGCAACUUGAAGAGGAUCAAUCAUCUCCCUGCUAGGAUGAAUCGGUUGUACAUUGGUACUGACCAGAUUCGCAAGAUGUGGAAUAUAAUGCCGCGAACUCAACACGCACCUCUUGAUCAACCAAUGAAAUGGCUGUUCGAGUGCCAUUUAAUACCUUUUCUUCCCGACCAAAACGGGCAGCUGUCUCCUGGAGUUGGAGGGUUCCUUAUAAUGGUACAUGGCCAGUUUGAUGAAAUGGCAGGCUCGAAAGUGGAAACUCGCAGUUUUGACCGAACCUUCGUACUUGGACCAAGCCAGGGCCCCGAAAAAGUCAGAGUUAUCAGCGACAUGCUUACAUUAAGAGCGUAUGGGGGAUACGGUGCAUGGGAUCCUAGCACUCAAUUGAAUCCUCCACAAGCCCCCCCAACCCAUGUCGUCCAUCCUGAGGCACCCCAGGGUUAUGGAACACCAGCAGCGGGUAAAUCGGAUGUUCAAGUCCAACAAGAGCAGCUCGUUUUGCAGCUAAGCUUUAAUACAAAGCUCAAACUAGAAUUUGCGCAACGGGUAUUAGCACAACUUAAUUGGAAUCUGGAAGCGGCAAUAAAGACCUUCGAGGAAUCCAAGGCAAAGAACGAAAUUCCGGCUGAGGCUUGGCUCGCGAUCGGUCCAUAAAUAAUUUUCCCAAUUGGGGCUAAGAGAUGGUUUUCUAUCAUACAGUUUGCUGAGACUUUCAGAUCAUGUAUACCUCUUUCUAUAGCUUUUCUUUCUUGUCUUACUUAUGCUUGGUGUUGUGGCGUCGAAUCUGGGAUUGUACAAAUUUAUAUGUGGUAUGAAAUCAAUUUGCAUAGACUGGCCAGCUUGGAGCAUGAGUGAUCUCCUAUUGUCAUGUAUUAUCAAACAAUUUUGCGCUUACUACACCAUGAGCGCUAUCACAAUGAAAACAUUGAAACUCUAA